AUGAGUUCAGCGUCAAGUAUAUGUGACAAUUGUGGUGAUGCAGGUCAUGAUGCAUCACAGUGUUACAAGGGUUUUUCUCGACAAACACACACAGGAUCAAGUACAUGUGCCAAUUGUGGUGAUUUAUCUCCAUCAUCAAUUGAACAAAUGAAAAACCGAAAAAAUAAUAGCACAUCAACUACACCAAUGAGAAAACGAAUGUAUUCAAAAAAAGAAGAUGAUGAUAAUGAUGUAUCACAAGAUGAUCUUGACAAUAUCACAUUCGGAGUUGAUGAAGAAAAAGAAAAUAAUAGUUGUAAUGAUUGA